UCAGUGCUCAACAGGAUUUGGGUUUGGAUUGAAAGCUCUCAGAUUUGUUCGCGCCAACGACUAGGGAAUUUCAAAUUCUCCCGAGAAAACCUUUUCCCGGAAAGUAUUUGUAACGGUAAGAUUAUUUGUUUAUGGACUCCAUCACAUCCUCCGCUCUCGAGGAAAUCUGUUUCCACGGCAAAACCGGCCUCUCUCUCGCGACCCUCUGGAGCAAACUCAACCCUUAUCUGUCCUCUUCAAACCUCGACCUUUCCCCGGGCGUCAAGAAAGCCAUAUGGGCCGGACUCCUCCGCGUCCCGACGCUUCGGUUUCAGGCCGGAAACGUCUCUUACAGCGCCGGUGACCCUCUGAUUCAGUCCUUGGAAGACGCCGAGAAGUUGGACGUGAAUAUCGCCGCUGAAGACCGUCUAAGGGACAACUUUCUGGGCCUCUAUAACGUCCAGGCCGCCAAUGCCGACAUUCCUCUGAACCAACGGCGCGCUCUAGAGCGCAUUGCCAUCUCUAGAACGAAGGGAAUAACACAAUGGCAGCUUAGUAAGGAAUUGGGCAUGGAAGCGAACUACUUUGCUUAUGUGGUGAAGAGUCUUGAAAAUAGAGGGUUGAUUGUGAAGGAAUCAGCAGUUGUGAGGACAAAGGAAGCUUGCAAUGCAGGGGACAUGAACAACAGCUCAAUAGUGUGCACUAACUUAAUACACUUGAAUCGCUAUGCAAAGCAGUUGGGUUCUCGACAAAAAAUUGAGACUACAAAAGAAGAAGAGGCUUCAAAUGUUUUUAAGAAUUCAGAGGAAAGUACUGAAAGUGGAGAUGGGUUUGACAGAGGAUAUGUUAAAGCCGACGUGCUUGUAGAGGAUGAUCUACCAGCAUUGAAAGUUGUUUGUGAUAAACUUGAAGAAGCAGAUAACAAGGUUCUUGUUGUCUCAGAAAUUAAACAGGAUCUUGGUUAUGAAAGAACUUCUUCGGGGCAUAAAGCUUGGAAAAAAAUUUAUCGCAAGUUAAAAGAUGCUCAUAUUGUGGAGAAGUGCAAGGCUAAAGUGAAUGGUAAGAAAGUAGUUCUUGCAUCCCUUUAUCUGAAUAUAAUGUCGUCUCUUAUUGUUUAUUUUGAACAUUAUUGUCGCUAUGUGCCAAAUCUUUACGAUCAAAUGAGAAAAAUAGAAUUAGGAUCACCAAUGUAUCUUCAUGGUUCUUGUUGA